GCGGGUGAGGCGGCGGGAGGCGCCGGGACCCCCCGGACCCCCCCGGGCUCCCCCGAGACCCCCCGGCCGCCAUGGCGGGGCAGGCGCAGGAGCCGGUGACCUUCAAGGACGUGACGGUGUUCCUGAGCCGGGCCGAGUGGGACUUGCUCACGGCGGGGCAGCGGGAGCUGUACCGGGACGUCGUGUCCGACACCUACGAGCUGCUGACCUCCCUGGGUUAUCCAGGCCCCAAGCCCGAUAUCCUGCACCGGCUGGAGCGUGGGGAAGAGCCGUGGAUCUGCUCAUCUCCAGGACAUGCUGGGAGCUGGCUGGAAGAGCCUUCCUCUGACUGGUGGCCAAGAGCCGGUGUGUACCAGGGGCUGGAGACCUCGUGUCCAGCAGGAUGGAGCACGUUGUGGUGUCUCCAGGACAGGAGCUUCCAGAAGAAGUUUGGCUGUCACGAGGGAAGGAGCGAAUUCCCGUUGGAAGCAGACAGUGGAGUGGGGAGCCAAGCCCAGCCAUGGCUUGUGAAGGAGGAAGUGGAGGAUAAACCUGGACUCAUGGAAGACCUAACCCACAGUGAGACAUCCCUGCUUCAUUCCACGAUGGAACAGCAGAGCCUGGAUCCUUGGGAACAGCUGUGGGAUGGCCCUGGGGAGAGGAAUCACGGGAAUACCCAAAACCAUGGACACGCCUUGGGAGAGGCGGCGCUUCUCCCAGGAACCCGGCAGCUGCGGGUGGAGGAGCUGAGAGCGGCGGCGGCGAAGGACCACGGCUACUGCCUCCGGAGCGAGCCGGCCACGCCCUGCGCCCCGCGGCCCUGCUGCCUGUGGGAACACAACUACUGCCGGCAGCGCCGGGCCGGGAGGAGCCACGGGGCCAGCUCUGUCCGGGCCGCGCGCCGCCGGCUGGCGUGGCGGCAAUUCCACUGGGGCAAGACGGUCCGGAGAGCCAGGGAGAUCCUGCGGCGCUACCAGCCCUACUGGAGGUUGGGGUUUCCGUGGAGAUGCCGCUCCAGCUGCGACGGCGCCGCGCAGGGGACGAACCCCGGGGUUCGUCCUCCGAUGGACGCGGCCGCGCCGCGCCAGCUCUGGAGCGCCGGGAAUGCCGAGGGGGUGACAUCGGACACACGAUAUGUCCCAGAGGGGAUUUUGGGAAGUGGGGCUUCGCCCCCUACCCAAAUCCUGGCUGCAGGAGCGGAGAAGGGAGCAAAGCCUCUGGAGCAUCCAGGUGCCAGCCAGGAGCUUGAAGGAUGUGCGGAACCCCAGAAAUCGCAGGGGGUGUCGCUCCAGGACGUGUUCCGGAAUGUGCUGAGGGCGGUCAGGUACAUACUGGACUCCAUGUGCCAGAAGUUUGAGGUCCAGGGGGUCUCCCAAGGGAAGAGCAUCUGGCCCAUCAUCAUCCAGAUCGACAACUUGACGGAGAUCAGGAAGAACUGACUCCCAGGGGGAAAUUGGAAUUGGAUUCCCACUCAAUCCCCCCCAGUUCCAGGGGUGUUCAGGAGAGAAAAGUGGCAGAGGUGGAUUGAGGGAGGUAAAACUGGAAAUGUGGAGCCUAUCCUGAACUGGGAUUGAUUGAGAGGCUUUGGAGAAAAGCAGUGGGAAAGGGGAGGAUUUGUGUGGCUCAAAGGAGGAAAGAAGGAGAAGGAAGUGAGCAUGGGAUCCUGAAAUCCUGGAAUGGCUUGAGUUGGAAGGGAUGUUAAAUCAAUCUCUAAAAACCAACCAGGGGUUGGGGCUGUGCUCCUGUCACCGAAAUUACAGGAAAAAGAAAAACCCUUCAACAACAUUUUUGGUGUUAGAAAAUUGAGGCAUUUCCUUAUUUCUGGCUGGGAUGUGCAACAGAAAUUAUUUCACCCACAUGUGACCCAGGUGUGCAGAGAAAAUAAUUCCAUGACACGUGAAUUUUACUUGAUUUUUUCUUAAACUUUAUCCAGUCCAAAUCCCAUAGGAAUCCAUUGGUUCAAUGCUCAUUGGUCCCAAAUUGCAGAGUUCUCAGAAUUUGGUUUCUUAUGGGACCGGGAUUUUUUUUGCCUCUGACGUUUAUUAGGCCCUCACUAAUUUCUUUAUCAGCCUUUUCCAGCCCCAGGGUUCUGGGGUAGAUGUUCCUUGGUGUUUGCUGAUGGUUGUUUUCUUUUUGGGUGUCUUUUGGGCUAUUCCCAGUUUGUUGAGAUGUUAAGAUUAUCAGGCCUCACAGAGGAGAAAAAUACCCUCGGAAAAAUACUACUCUAAUUCCCUUCUCCAAGGCAAAUGCAAACUGAGCCUGACUAGAGAAAUAAAAUAAAGAAAUUUUAGAAGUUG